CUCCCAUCUCUUCCUGCCCCUUUGAGAUGGGAUAAACCCUCAUUCCGGACCUGGGCUCCGAGUCGGCAAGAUCUUAGGAAUAGAACAUGACCCUUCCUUGGACAUCGGAGGAGCCAAGCGGCCGAUGAAGUGAGCAGACACUCUGGGGAAAAGGCACCGGUUCCGUCUCAUCCUGGUCCACACAGGUUAACUCUCAAGAUGGAGCAGAAGACGAUUAAGCACGUCACCAUCCCAAUGACCGAGCUUGACCCCCGUCCAGAGCCAUACGUGCCACAAUGUUCCCAGACCUACGAACCCAAGCCCUAUACUUCCCAGACCUACGAAACCAAGCCCUAUACUUCCCAGACUUACGAACCCAAGUCCUAUACUUCCCAGAGCUAUGAACCCAAGCCCUAUACUUCCCAGACCUACGAAACCAAGCCCUACACCUCCCAGACCUACGAAUCUCAGCCCUGCGGCCCCGAGUCCUAUGAAUCCCAGCCCUACGCCCCGGAGAAAUAUAUGCCGGACCCGUAUAUGCCCCAGUCUUCUUCAGGAGACGCGUAUAGCAUAACAAAUGACUGUUAUGGGAAUUGUCCGUCUCCCCCUCCAUACUCCUGUCAAGACAUGCCUUACGACUCCGGAUUGGGACCAAUUUGCAUGACGAACAACCCUCCGGUCGUGGUGGCCGGGAUUUUCUCCAGCAAACCGGCCUCCACCAUUUGUCCCUGCUGCCGCCAGAUCAUCACCACCGAAGUGACCUUCCGGGUGGGAUCCCUGACCUACGCCUUGUGCACCGCCAUGUGCCUCUUGGGCUGCUGCUUAGGCUGCUGCUUUGUUCCCUUUCUGACGAAAUGCUCCAAAGACGUGGACCACUACUGUCCUUGCUGCCGGUACCACGUCUACCGAUACAAGCGGCUCUAGGAGAAGAAGCAACUCCGAAGGGGAGGAAAGCAUCAUCAUUGGGGAGCAAACUGCAUUCACUUUCUUCCCAGCCAAAUCUGUAGUCUCUGCAGUCCUCAUUUUAUGGUCGCCUUGACUGUCAGAAGAAGGUGAUGACAAAGAAAUCUGGAUUUUCAGCCUCGGAUCUGACUCCAGGUCUAACUCCAGCUCUUUGGGGUUUUUACUUCUGAUCCUCUUCUAUGUCAAAUCUGGAUUCAUUCUAGAGUCUGAAUCAAUAGAGCCAUAGCGGGCUUCGGUGCUGGCCAUGAACAGACUAACCAAUCAACGCAUUGCUCAUCUUGCGUUUCCAUGCCUCAAAACCUAUUGCAGCUCGAAUCAAGAAAAAACCAGAGAUUGAAAUCUAUUAUUUAGAGAAAUAAAAUUUCUUUUCCUUGGUCUUAA